AUGGGUAUUGGAACUCGAAGUAAAAGUCAUCAAGGAGAAUGUGUCGGACAAGAACCAUCAUCUUUACGAGUGACAAUCGACAGUAGUACAACUGAGAAGGGUUCAUUGAAAGGGGCGACAAGCGGUAAUGAUAAUAAUAGCAACCAAACAAAUAAUUCGACAAGCAGCCACAUUUCUGUCUUGUCCGUCAAUCCGAAUGUCAAUGAAAGACGUCUAGGUAAACAAUCAAAAGCAGAUCUACAGCCAAGUGUUGAAGAUGGUACAGGGUAUUGUAUCAGUGUUACUGCAGCUGCUUCUGGAAAUAUAGGAACCAAAUCCUCUAAUAAUGUCAGCACUACUAUAGGCAGCAACACUUCAAACAACACCAGUAUGACUUUGGUUACAAGAACACGAGGAGUUAAAAGAUUGAAAAGAGAACAGAGUCCACCAGGAUCUCCUGCCAAAAAAAUUGCAAAAGAAGUUAAAACAGCAACUCCAGAAGCCAAGAAAAGGCAAUGGGAAUUAUGGACAGUGGAUGAGAAAAGUACUUUCUUUCAAGCCUUAAAUGAGUGUGGAAGAAAUUUUGAUGCCAUUAAGAAUAAUUUUGCCCAGAAGUAUAAGAAAAAAGGAGCUCCAGCAAUAAUGAUCAAAAAUAAAGAACAAGUCCGUCAUUUUUACUACAGAACUUGGCAUAAAAUUUCUAAAUACAUAGAGAUGAAAGAUGGUAUUAAGAAACAUGCAUUAGAAGUUUAUGGUUUGAUUCAUUAUGGAGAAAUGCGGAAACGAUUGGGAGGAAUGCUAGCUGACAAAAAUUUACAUAAACUGAAUGAAUUUAUACAAGAAGGGUCUACUCUGAUUAAAGUACGAAGGAAAAGUUUCCGUAUUCGAACACCAUAUUGUAAUGCUUUAAAGAAAAUUAACAAUGUAGAAGAUCCAGUUGAAGAUGAUGAUUCAGCAUGCCGCGUACCAGAGAGAGUAACUUUGGAACUUAACCCCAAGAACAAUUCAGCAUGGUUGCAUGUUCAGGAAAUGGCCCAAAAUCCACGCUUAAGAAUGACCCUAAAAUCAGAUCAACAUUUAUCAACUGUAAUGUCAUUUUUACAAAAGAAAUGGAAGCCACCACAUCUUAAAUUAAAAGAAAGUUUGAAUUCAUUUGAUGAAACACAAAAGCAAUUGGUAUUAUAUCCUCAUCGUUCAAGCAAAUGUUACCCAGUGUCUUUACAGGCUAUUGAAACACAACCCCGACCAGAUUUGAAACUUAAUAACUAUCAUGUUAAUACCAAAGGUACAUUACGAAGACUUGUUCAUUUGGCAACAAUGGAAUUUACAGAUUAUGUCAAAGUGAAAGCACCAAAGUCAAAUGAAAAACCAAAAUCUGGAAAGUCUAAUACUGGUUGUGAAGUUUGUGAAGCCUGUGGGAAAAUUUUAAAUCCAUCAGAUUCAAAAGGAAAUUCAAAAUUAGUUAAUAAAAACUCUUAUCUUCAAAGCAAUACCAAAAAUGGAACUGUCUACAAAGAAUCAUAUGGAAAUUCUGAAAAUGCAUCAAAAGAUAAAAAAGAUGCAAAAGCAGACAAAAAAGCAGAGAAAAAAAUAGAUAAAAAAGUAGACAAAAAAUUGGAUGAUUCUGAACGGGUAGAUGGGGUAUUUCGAGUUCCGGUGAUACCUGGUCGAGGACCCCUAUCACAAACACUUGUUCCAAAUGAGUACAUUAACCAGUACAGACUUACAGGGUACCGGAGAAAGUUACAGCGUAGUGCCAGGAAACCUGUAUUCUUUCAGAGGACAUUCCUGCCAAAGGAAAAUCCACGAAUGAUGACCCUUGCACUAUUGCCCACUGCUACCCCUGUCACUGUAGAAGCCUCCUUCUUACCUGUAAAUAAUACGACAAAUGCUGUGAUCACAACCAGGAAUGUUUCUUCAUUCUCCAACACUUACACCACUCAGGUAUUAACACAGCCUAUUGCAAGUACUCUUUCUGUACACAAUCCAAACAAUUCUGUCAUUGUGCAGGGUGCUGUGUCCCAGAAAGCUGCUGCAAUUACUGUCACCACUACAAAUACUGCUACCACAACUACUGCAAGUACUACUGUAACAGAUUCAUUCAAUACAGUUAAAUCUGCUGUUGUCAUAUCUCCAUCACCGUCACCAUCAUUACCUGUUGAAACCAAUCCAUUGUCAUUAAAAUUAUCUUCUAUUGAAGCAACUUCCUCAUCACCUACUGUUUCAGAAUUAACAGACACACCUUCUGAUAUGAUCACAUUGUUAAAUGUCAACUCUAGUUCAGCAGAUGCUGUUCCACUUUCAACAGCUCCAAAAACUGGAUCUUCUCCUCCAAAUAUUUCUACAUUGUUUGACAUAUCUUUGUCUGAUGUUCCUAUGUCAAUAUUAGAGGGAUCUGAGUCCAAGGGUCUAUCCACUGAUAGUGGCCUAGUCACACCACCCCUACAUACAGAAUACAGGGUCCAAACAAGUUCAUACAAUAGUCUUUUCAAAUUUAAUUCAGACAACAACUGGAUGCUUGGAGAGAUGGGAGAUAUAUCUCUUGGUAGUCUUUUGAAUGACUCUCCAAUUAAGAAAAGUUCCUCUUCUGACCUUCAAACCAACAAUUUAACCAGUAACAGUAGUAGCAGCAACAGCAGCAGUAGUAGUAGUAGUAUCAGUAGCAGCCUUACAUUAAAUAGUCUCUUCAAUGAUUGGUCUCGGGAUUCUUCUACAUCAAGGAUGGAUUUGGACACCACCCUUCAGAUGAUUAUGAAUGAGAACAGCAUGGACUAUGUGAGCAAAUUUGCAGAACUUGCAGAGAAGGUUGCUGCAUCAGAUGCAACUGUUGCUAAUAGUAAUGCAGCAGCAGCUGCAGCUGUCCUUGUUGCCAAAAAUGGUGCUAAGAACAAUGAUGUCACUUCACAAGACAAUGUUAAUUGCACCAAUACAGAUGAUUGCAUGACACAAUUAAAUGAUACUUUCCAUUAA